AUGUCCGACCUUUUGAAGACUUUAUAUAACAAACAAGUCCCAUCACACAAACAAACAAAAUUCAGAAUGAAGCAAGUCAAAUCAAACCGUAUUGAUUCUUGUGGAGAUGAAUCUGAAUGUGAUGAUAAAAGGAAAUUGUUAAUUGAAUUAACUUUAAGAAAGAUUAAUCAUAAGACUAAAAUUUUUCGUGAAAUUGAUGAAUUUGAUGAUGAUGAUGAGUUGAUUCUCGAUGAAGAACCAAUUUACAAAAAUCGUCGUCAAGCAAAACCUAGCCCAGUAUCACCACUACAACAACAGGAUGGUGUCUUGGGUCCUGAUGAUUCUGCAUCUGAAAUUGAAUAUUUCUCAGAUGAUGAUCAUGGGAUUGAUUAUGAACGUGAGAUUCUAAAAUCAUUGAAUCCAACAUCUAAACAUGAUCCACCAGUUGAGAAGCUUCAAACUCUUCGAGAAAAUUUCAAUACAAUUGCUCGUCAUAAUUGUAUAAAGAGAAAGAAGAGAUAUUCAAAUGGGUAUACAUUUGGAAACAUUUUGAAGAAUUUUAGAAAAGAUUCAAAUAAAUUUAUGAAGUGUCCAACCUCUGCAGCAACUCAUCAUGAUGCUCCUGCUGCUGAUGAGGAUGAUUCGGAAAUUGAUUGGAGUGAUGUAUUUGAUGAUGAAACUGAAGUGAAGAGAGGAUUUAACGAACUUGUUUAUUAUGAUAAGUUUGAACGUCCAAUCUUUUCAAAUUAUCUUGAUAGUAAUAUUUGUGUUAAAUCUGAUGAGUCAAUUAUCUCAAAUAUUAGAGCAAACAAACCAAUUUUCAAAUCAUCAUUGAGUAAAGUUUGGGAAAGUGAUGAUGAAGAUGAUGCAUUUGAUGCAUUUGAUAAUGAUGAUGAUGAUGAUGAUGAUGAUGGGUAUGAUGAUGAUGACGAAGAAGUUGAAGAAUAUGAAGAUGUUGACAUGAAUGAUUACGGAUGUGAAUAUGGAAAUGAUGAUGAUUUUGAUGAUUAUGAAGAUCUUGGUCAAUCUCGUCAAGAAUAUGAAAUUGCCCAAAUGUUGGCGAAGAAUCAUUUAGCAAGACAAGCUUCAGGAGAAACUGUUGAGCCAGAAGAUGAAGAAGUGAAUGGACAAGAUAGUGAUAUAAUGUCAGAUAUUGAAUCUUUGGAAGAUUCACUUCUGGAUUUUUUGAUUGAUAAAUACAUCUCUAGAUGA